CGUUACUUCGUCACUUCGUUUUCAUUUAUCACUUGCAUGAGACGCCAUUUUCGAAAAAACACACAUACACUCUCUCUCUCUCCGGGAGAAUCUCAAUCCCGGCGAUAUAUCGCAACCGAGAAAUUAGAAGGAGGAGAAAAUGGUAUCGGACUCGGACCUCGUGAACCGGCUCCGAGAAAUACUCCGGAGCUCGGACCUCGACACGGCCACCGCCGGCAGUAUUCGCCGGCAACUCGAGAAGGAUUUCGGCGUCGAUUUAUCGGACCGGAAAACCUUCGUUAGGGACCAAAUCGACAUUUUCCUUGAAACCCUACCGCCGAAGCAAGAACAAGAAGAGGAAGAAGAAGAAGAGGUUGGUGAAGAAUCGGAGAAUGUGAAGGAAGAAAACGACGUCGUAGAGGAGGAAGAAGAAGGAGAAGAAGAAGAAGAAGAAGAGGAAGUGAGUGAAGCGAAAGGUAGAAAGAAAGGAGGUAGGUCAAACAAGGUAGAUAAAGAAGUCAAGAAAAGGGGAGGUGGCUUCAAUAAAUUAUGUAGCCUUUCUCCAAAACUUCAAGAAUUUGUUGGAGAGCCUGAAUUGGCCAGAACUCAGGUUGUGAAGAAAGUUUGGGCCUAUAUCCGGGAGAAUAAUUUGCAGGAUCCAAAGAAUAGGCGAAACAUAAGAUGUGACGAAUCAUUGCAUACCCUUUUUCGUGUUAAGACUAUUAAUAUGUUUCAAAUGAAUAAAGCCUUGUCCAAGCAUAUAUGGCCGUUGGAAAAUGGAGAUGUGAAGCAAAAGGUAACAGCUGAAGAGAGUGCUGGUUCUGUAUCAGAAGAUGUCAGCAAUGCAGAAGAACAAGAGGAAGACGAUGAAGAAGAGAAAGAAGAAGAAAAAGAAGAGGAAGAAGAAAAAGAGGAGGAAGAAAAAGAGAAGGAAGAAAAAAUCGAAGAGGAAGUAGACGGGGAAGAAGAAGAAGAAGAAGAGGGGCUUAAAGAAGAAAGAAAUGGACAAGGAAGCAAGAAAAGAGAGAGGUCUGCUAAGAAGGUUAAAGAUACCAAGAAAAGAGGAGGUGGCUUUACUAAAUUAUGUAGCCUUUCUCCACAACUUCAAACAUUCACUGGAGCUCCCAACCUGGCAAGAACAGAGGUUGUCAAGAAACUUUGGGCCUAUAUUCGAGAGAAUAAUUUGCAAGAUCCCAAGAAUAGGCAAAAUAUACUAUGUGAUGAAUCGUUGCGUGCCAUCUUUCGUGUUGAUUGUAUCAACAUGUUUCAAAUGAACAAAGCCUUGACCAAGCAUAUAUGGCCGUUAAAUGUGGAAGACGGAGUUCUGGAUGACUCUUUACAAAAAAAGAAGCAGUGCAAACAAGAAGAAGAAGAAGAAGAAGAAGAAGGUGAGAAAGUUCAAGUCUGCGGUAUAAACUCAAUGGGUCAGGAAAGUUUCCUUUGUGUAUAUUACACUAUUCUGCAAAAGUUGGGUACUAGAACAACCUACCCAAAUUCAGAUGAUCCAAAUAGGAGAGGGAAACGACAGAAGAAAGGAAGUUCUGGGCUUCUUGCUUGCCUUCCACUUUCAGAUGCUCUUGUAAAAUUCUUGGGCACUGGUGAAAAUUCAUUAUCUCGGGCUGGUGCUGUAAAGAGAAUGUGGGAGUACAUAAAACAGAAUGAUCUGCAGGACCCAUCUGAUAAGAGGAGAAUUUUAUGCGAUGAUAAGCUAAAAGAACUUUUUGGGGUUGAUUCCUUCAACGGCUUCACAGUCUCAAAGCUUCUGACUACUCAUUUCAUCAAGACAGAACAGUGAGUGUGGCUUGUAUGUAUGUAUAUAAUGUGAGCCCAAGAGGGCAUUUUUGCUCGAGUUAUUAUUACCACAAUCGUCCUAGCCUUGUAGUUGAAUGCUUCUAACAUCUCAAAAAAUUGCAAAUAGGAUUUGACAAUCUUACUGCCAAUGUUUCCGGUGUUCCCUCGUAGCAUUAUAUACUUCCUCUUUUUUUCUUUUUUCUUCCCUAUUUUUUUGGGGAGGGUUGGGGGAGCAUCACUUUGAAUUGUACAGGGACCAUUUUAGUGAAGACGUUGCCACACAUGGAAAGCAUGUUUUUAAGCUUAUUGUCCUCUUUUAGGGACCACAGCAUCAACAACGAAAUCUCCAUGCUUUGUUUGAUCCCUUUGCAACAGAAUCUGCUUCUCUAGUAUUGUUGGGCACACUGCACACACCCCAACAUGUAAGAGAGGAUAGCUUGUAACAUCAAAUACGGUACGUGCUUGUGCAUCACAAGAUUAUAUGUUUUGGACAAUUGCAUGGUUCAUCUUUUUGGAUGACUCCCUGUUUUAUAUGACACCAGGCUUUCAGUAAA